UCAAAACCUGAAACUAAACGGUCUCCACAAGUGAGGAACAGGAUGCCUUUUCCUUUCUCUUUCUCUGCUGCUGUAUGUCUCCUAAUCCCUGGAGUUUUCCUAGACUCCUGUGAGGGAAUUAUAGGAGGUAAUGAAAUGCCACCUCAUGCAAGAAGAUACAUGGCUCUAAUCAAAGGACUGGAAAUGUGUGCAGGGGCUUUGAUCAAGGAAAACUGGGUGUUGACGGCUGCACACUGUGUCCUGAAGGGCACACCUCAAGUUAUUCUUGGUGCUCACUCUACAUCCCACAAAGAGAAAUAUGACCAAAUAUUUUCCAUUAAAAAGGCAAUAUCUUAUCCAUGCUAUGAUCCACAGACAUUGGAAGGGGAUCUUCAACUCCUUCAGCUGGACGGUAAAGCUACUCUAACCAAAGCUGUAGGGAUACUUCAUCUACCAAAAACAGGAGAAGACGUCAAACCCCACACCAAGUGUCACGUGGCAGGAUGGGGAAGCACCACAAAAGACUCAUGCAGAAUUUCAAAUGCCUUAAGAGAAGUCAAUGUCACUGUAAUAGACAGGAAAACAUGCAACGAUGCAGAGCAUUAUGAUUUUAAGCCAGUGAUUGGAAAUAGUAUGAUCUGUGCUGGUGGUAGAGAAGGUGAAGAUGAUUCAUGUGAAGGGGAUUCUGGAAGUCCUCUGAUAUGUGAUAACAUUUUCAGAGGUGUCACUUCCUUUGGGAAGUGUGGUAACCCUCAGAAGCCUGGCAUCUACAUUCUCCUUUCAAAAAAACAUCUCAACUGGAUAAAGAAAACCAUUGCAGGAGCCAUAUGACAUUCCUUCUUCAUAAUCACCUGCUGAUGUCAAGGAGGUUUUAACUUGAUCUGUCCAAGGAAGCACCUCAGAACCCUCUCAGCCGUGUGUACAAAUAAGAGCCUAUCUGAAAUACGCUCAGCAAUGAUAGAAACCACUUCCUGCUUUCACUCUUACAUGAUGAGCAAAAACUAGAUGCUCACACAUUCUCUAUCCACAGUAGGAGAUGGCCCUUGAGAAAAAUGUCCAGUUCAGUGACUAUUCAGAAGUCGAGGGCUGUCAAUUUUAUAUUUGUUCUUAAAAGAAAGUCAAUCCUAGGAAAAGUAAGAAUAUGCUUCAUUCUCCACAAUGUGAAAUUCCACAAUAUAUCUGUGGCCUUCAGAAUUUAGAGCUAAAUAUUCUGUUCAAUGUGGGACUUAAGGAGAGAGAUCAAGGAGGAUUUUCACGUCUUACUAUGUACUUCUUUUUAUGUUCAUUUUUACAAACAUUUUUAAUUAUAAAGACAAUGAGGAGGAUUCAGCAUGUAUUGCAGUUAUUUAGAAAUUUUGGAAUUUAAAGUUAGGAAUAGUUCAAGGCAUUGUAUAAUUUAUUAAUUACAAGUAGACUAGUUUCAUAUACCAAUAAGCUUGAGUUCAGCCAGUAACUUGAUAUGUAUUUCACCUUAGCUAGUCAGUUUAUACCUGUAAGCAUGAAGCUUAAUUCUGUGCUAUUCUUUAUACACUGUGAUGCAUAAUAAAGUGACUUUUUUUACCACCUACCACUUACCUCUCUUCUUUUUGUUAUACUGUUUC